AUGUCUACCGCCGAGCUCGCCUGCUCUUACGCCGCCCUCAUCCUGGCCGAUGACGGUAUUGAGGUCUCCGCCGACAAGAUCCAGACCCUCAUCACUGCCGCCAAGGUCCAGGAGGUUGAGCCCAUCUGGGCCUCCAUCUUCGCCCGGGCCCUCGAGGGUAAGGACAUCAAGGAGCUCCUGACCAACGUCGGUUCCGCUGGCCCCGCUGCCGCUGCCCCCGCUGCUGGUGGCGCCGCCGCUGACGCCCCCGCCGAGGCCAAGGCUGAGGAGAAGGAGGAGGACAAGGAGGAGUCCGAUGAGGACAUGGGCUUCGGUCUCUUCGACUAA